UUUUCUACAGAUUGUUGUAAAAUUGUUAUAAUAAUAGAUAUAUUAAAAGUAUAUUCGUAUUUAUAAUAUCUUUCUCUAUUUGUUGUCAAACUCACUUUGUAUAAGAUGGAGGGUCAAGGCCAUUUCCGAAAAGGUUCAAAGAAUAGACAAAAGAAUCAACAACAACAAGAAAUGCCGCUGUUUGAGGAUACAAGUGGAGCAGGACAAGGUUAUGCUCAAUACGGGGGUCCUCAAAUGAUGCCUCCACAACAGGCACCAUAUGGAAUGAAUCCUCAACAACAGUUUCCUGGGGCCAAUAUACUCGCCGAUCCAAUGGCGAACAUGGCAAUGCAAUAUGGCCAAAAUCUGGCUGGACAAGGAAAAGAAUUACUCGAGAAAAAUGUUGAUCGUUACAUCUCCGUGUCGAAACUCAAAUAUUACUUUGCUGUUGAUACAACAUAUGUUGCCAAAAAACUUGCCCUUCUUUCUUUCCCAUUCACUCAUCAGGAAUGGGGAGUGCAAUAUCAACAAGACACUCCUGUCGCACCUCGUUUUGAUAUCAAUGCUCCAGAUUUAUACAUUCCUGUCAUGGCAUAUAUCACUUACAUUCUCUUUUCUGGAAUUUCCUUAGGUAUUUUGGACAAGUUCAGUCCAGAAGAAUUGGGUAUUCAAGCUAGUAGUGCCUUUGUGUGGUUGGCGAUUGAAAUAGCAUUGAUCAUGUUUAGUUUGUAUCUCGUUAAUGUUCGAACAGACCUCGGCACAUGGGAUGUUGUUUCAUUUUGUGGAUACAAAUAUUUUGGGAUGAUUGUAAUAAUGGCUGCUGGAUUGGUGUUUAGAUCGGCUGGUUAUUGGGCUGCUCUGGGCUAUAUGAGUCUUUCCAUAGCUUAUUUUUUGGUGAAGACUCUUCGAUUGAAAAUAUUACCGCAUACUGCUUCCACUGAUGACUUCACGCAAGGCCACGGUGGAAAACGACGACUUUAUCUUACUCUUGCAAUAUCAUUUGUGCAACCAGUAUUCAUGUAUUUUCUGACCAGACAUCUAGUGCCUGGUUCGAGUUGAUGAUGAACUAUAGUAACAAGUUAUAAUUUUACGCAUGGUGAUAAUUUUUACCAUUGGAAACUAAAUAUUGAUGAAAGGUAUUUGUUUUGAGCUGCCAUCUGUAUCUUUUUUUUCUUGUGCUAUUUACUUUAAAAAUUGGACACCUAUCGAGUUUCUGAAGUGGACACCAUUUUAGUUGUUUACGAUAGUCAACACCGUGUCCGGAAAAUUUGUGCAUAGAAAAAAUCGCAAGAGCUUUUUGAUGUAAAAACAAGUAUUUGUGAUUAAAACAGUUAUGUUUAUAGAGUUAGGGGAUGCUCUUAAACAACGAAUCUUUUUUAAAUAAGGCGAUUUUUUUAUAUGGUCAAAUGUCAUACGGCUCAUUCAUUCGUAAUUUGUAUUUGAAAAUGCUAGUCAUCAAAAUUUCCUAGCAAAAGUGCUGCUUAAUUUAAACUAACAUAAUGUAUUAUUAUUAUUCACAAAGUGAUUCAGAACAGAUGUUUUCAUUAUUAGAGUAAGUAUAUUUAGUACAUGUUAAAUGUUUGUGGUUGCUUAUAUGUUAAUCGAAUACUAAAUAAAUGUAUUUCAUGAAAUUGUCCGA